GAAACUCAGCGCUCAAAAGAAUAUCGGAACUCUCUGGAUUGAGCGCGAAGUCAGACGAGGCGGUUACAAUGGGGUGGGUGUGGAGGGACGACAAAGAAGACGAAUUCGAUUCGUCGGCCGGAAGCGUUAGCUCCGGCGACCAGUGCUCCGUCAGAAAGGUCGUGAAGUCGCAGUGCAGAACCGAAGAGGUGGAGCCUGGAAAGUUCAUCAGAAAGUGCGAGAAAACCGAACAGGUUCUCAGGGAUUGCGUCGGCAAGCCAGUUGAAGUGGUGGAGUUCAACAAAGAAUAUACUGAAGAGGAUGUUACAGACGAGGUGGUUAAAGGAUCUCUCUCAUUUGGGACGUCAGAGCAUGGAUCGUUGGACUUCCCUGGAUUAUGCAGUGAUAUUGAAGGCAUCACACGAAGCCUCUUUGGCAGCCUUAACCGUUUCUUUGAAGAAGCUGAAGGAAUGAAGAAUGAGUUUUUCAACGUUUUUGGGACUCCGCGCGUGUUUGACGGGGAGUCUUCAUCUUCACCAUCUAUGAGGCGAGGGAUACCUGUGGAGGAAGGCCAUCCUAGGGAAGAACAAGCUGAGCCCGGGUCAGGACACGUUGAUCUUUCUGGAUUGGCAAAAGAUGUUUGAAGCAAAUACCAAGUGCGGAUGGUGGCAUUGCUUGUUAAGAAAAGAAGUAGAGGGUGAAGUUUGUGUUUGUUACUUAAUGUAGACAAGUGGUGGUUUGACUGCAACUACCUUUUUUUUUACUGUAUAUGUUCAGGAGGGGGAUGCCAGAAUUCAGUAGUUUGAAUUAAGGUGAUCAAUUUUUGAUACGAUAGUCGGAUUAAGGUUGACUUAUAUAGUAUUAUAUCCAUGCGAACACGAAUUGCUAGCUUAUGAUAUGGUCAUAAUUCAUAUA